AUGCGUUUCCUUUUUUCGUCCUUCAUUGCCUUACCUACAUCAGCUUUUAUUAAAGGCAAAGAUAUAAAUAGUCAGUUGGCAAUUCGUCGAUUAGCGACUAAUUCGUCUGGCGAGCGAGCUGUGGCCAUUAUUAGCCACGAUGAACGAACAAUCCUAGGUUAUACCUUGGAUGUUUUGGUUGAUGUUAUUUGGUCGCUCAUGCUGUAUGCAUCGGUGACAUGUAUAAUUACCGAAAGAGCAAAAACUUACGGAGUGCUAAGACUGCCUUGUAUCUACAGUGUGGAAAUUGAGGAUAACUCGUAUUUAAAUCAUUAUGUCGAGCAAUUGCUUCUUGGAUCGAAAAUUAAUUUCAGUUCAAUUGUUGAUAAUUCAGAGAAAGAAGAUGAUUACAACAAUCUUAAAUAUGACCUAUGGGUCUAA